AUGGCGGAUCAACUCACUGACGAACAGAUCUCCGAGUUCAAGGAAGCUUUCAGCCUCUUCGACAAAGAUGGCGAUGGUUGCAUCACUACGAAAGAGCUGGGAACAGUAAUGAGGUCACUAGGGCAAAACCCGACGGAGGCGGAGCUCCAGGACAUGAUCAACGAGGUUGACGCAGAUGGAAACGGCACGAUCGACUUCCCCGAGUUCUUGAACCUGAUGGCCAAGAAGAUGAAAGACACUGACUCGGAGGAAGAGCUGAAAGAGGCGUUCAGGGUUUUCGACAAGGACCAGAACGGUUUCAUCUCUGCUGCUGAGCUACGCCAUGUGAUGACCAAUCUCGGUGAGAAGCUGACUGAUGAGGAAGUUGAGGAGAUGAUCCGUGAGGCUGAUGCUGAUGGAGAUGGUCAGAUUAACUAUGAAGAGUUUGUCAAGAUUAUGAUGGCGAAGUGA